UGUGCGUGUCUCCUGGAAUAGUUUGCUUUUGCGCGUUCCACGCAACAGAAAAACAGCAGCCUUCGAAUCUCCGCGAAAGCAAGAAGAGAAAAAUAUAAUCUGGAUGUAUAUUUGAUUUCGUAUCUGAAAACAUUUGUAUUGGAGGACAUUGGAGGAGGAUUUUCUGUGCAUGUGUUUGUCUUUUAUUGGAAGAAACUGGGUUUUCUCUCCAGAUCAGCGUGUUAAGUGCGCAGCGCGUAAUCGAAAAUCAGAUUCAUCCUUCAGUCAUUCGUGGAUCUAAUAUUUCUUGCACGGAACGGGUGAAUUGACAGGACAAGCCACGUGAAGGAAUAGAAAAGAAGACAAAACUUGUUGUUUGGAAUUAUAAAAGUCGUGAUGAUCCGUAAAUAUUAAUUUAAGCUUGUUCUGGACAUUUUUGGACGGAUGUUUGGUAAAGCGGCUGAUGGAUUCAACGCUAUGGAUUGUUGCAUAUAGUGUUUCAGAUGAAUGCCAAGUCCAUAGUGAAUGUCGGAAGUGGUGAUCACCCCAGAUGGAGAUUCAAAGUCAGCAUGGCACGGUUGGCUCAUUAGUGGUGAUCCAGCAGCCCUCCGUGGAAAGGCUGGAGUUUGAGAGGGAGCUGCAGCAUGCUGCCAUUCUUUCUCUGGACCAGAUCAAAGCCAUCCGUUCCUCCAACGAGUACACCGAGGGCCCAUCCGUGGCCAAAAGGCCUGCUCCUCGUAUGGCACCAAGACCUGAGAAGCAUGAGAGGACUCAUGAGAUCAUCCUUGUGAAUGUGAACAACAACUAUGAGCAUCGGACCCCGGGACACCAUCCGACCGGGCAGCACUAUAACGGGCGGGCACCGGGGCUGAGCAGGUCUACCAGUACGGGCAGCGCUGCCAGUUCAGGGAGCAACAGCAGUGCAUCUUCAGAACAGGGCCUGUUAGCACGCUCGCCUCCUACACGGCCCGGUGCUGCUCAAAUUCAUCUUCACCAGCAUCAUCAGAGGACGGAACGGGCCAUUCGGAUCCAGCCCAAACCUCUGGCCUCCCAGCAGCACCCUCUCCUACAGGCUGAGGUACCUUUGAAGCAGCAACUGAAUGCACCUGUGCAGCCCUUCCCUACAAAAACGGAUGGCUGCAGUCACCAGUUUAUCUGCGAACGCUGCGGGAAAUGCAAAUGUAGUGAGUGUACUGCACCCAGGACUCUGCCUUCCUGCCUGGCGUGUAACGGGCAGUGCCUUUGCUCAGCGGAGAAUGCACUGGAGCAUGGGACAUGCAUGUGCCUGGUGAAGGGCAUUUUCUACCACUGCUCCAAUGACGAUGAGGGGGACUCGUGUGCAGACCACCCCUGCUCACUGACACGCUCUCACUGCUGCUCCCGGUUCCUCUGUAUGGGAUUAAUGUCUGUGCUCUUCCCCUGUUUACUGUGCUACCCACCCAUUAAGGGCUGUGUCAAGGCCUGCCAGGCGUGCCAUGACCGAAUCCACAGGCCCGGCUGCCGCUGCAAGAACUCCAACACUGUCUAUUGUAAACUGGAGAGCUGGUCGCCACAGGCCCAAGGCAAGCCCUCUUGAUCCUACAGAGGUGGGCUCUCUGGACGCCAUGUGUGUUUGAGAUUCUGAGGACCAUGUUGAUGAUG